CGGUAAAUAUGGAUGUAGCGAAGAAUGAAAUAACCAUGAAAGAUUUUGUGACAUUACUUGGCCCUAAAGAGAUUUGGGGUUCCUCAUUCAAAGAGGCUGUUGAGUAUUGCCUUGGGUCAUCGAAUUCUGUUGGAAUUUAUUACGGAGACGGAGAUGAUUUUAUUUUUAUGUACAAUCAAACAUCUGCAUUUGGAAAAGCGUUUAAGGAAUCUUUACCUGGCACAUAUCUCCAUAUGAAAUCAGAGUAUGGACUUAUUUUAAAGGGAGAAACUUUAUUUAGACAUAACUAUCUUUACGAAGAUCUGAUUAUUGAAGAUAAGCAUUACGAAGAUGGUACAAUUAAUGCUAUGUUGUGUGUGUGCGAGGAUACAACUGAAACGGUUCUAGGAAUAGAAAAAAGAAUCAUAAACACUCCUAAUAAUUUGACUCGAAAUAAUGGAGAAGAAUCCCGCAAAAGACCUAGUGAAUUGAAACGACUUAUCAAGGAGUUAACCGCUGAAAAUCCACGAAUAACCGAAAUUUGGGAAGAAGAAAGUGAGAAUUCUGAAAAUUUGCUUCAUUUAUAUAAUAAGAUCACCAAUGCCGAAAUUCGUAAGGAGAUCGCAAAUCGAGAAGUUAUAAAAUCUUAUUAUUUGUUCGGGAAAGUUUUAAUUCAACGUUUCAAAUAUUACUCUGAUAAAUCUUUCAAUGUACACCAAGCUCAAAUGGCGGUUAAUGAAGAACUUGAAAAACAACUACCUGGUACUACUAAGAAUGCCCGUAAUAAAAGAAAAGAAAGAGCCCAGAAGAUUUAUUCUUUCUUUAAUGAUAUUGGUGUCGAAAAAAUAGAAUUGGUAAAAUCUUUUUCUGCUGACUCUAUUUCGAGGUUAAGCAUAAAGAAAAUUAAAUAUAUAAAAGACGAAAUUAUGAAAACUGCACAACAAAACACGUGA